AUGGAGUUGACAAACAAGCCACGCUCCUGCCAACAGCUCACAUAUCCGCUACAAUUGCAGCCCUGGUAUCACUUCGAUGACGAAGAAGAAAAAGAACAAGAGACCCCGCUCGAUGCAGACCAAUAUGGCGAUUGUCACGUGUUGAAGCCACAGCGAUUGGCCUCGUCACUGAAGAUAGAGAGGCAACGGAAUUUCCGUCCUUCUAUUCGUCUCAAGGUGGCUUACAAUGCUGCCACGCUGCCACAAAGUCUGCCAUCGCUACUAUCACCUCUGUCCCACCAGCAAGAACUACAACCACCACCUCAACAACAGUUCGGUGGACAACUGGGGAUGCAGCUCAAUUCGCAGUACUCGGACAUCCCAGCAGAUUCGGCCAGUUACUAUCUACGCCCAGUAUCUUUUCCGUCAACGCCAAUGUCAAUGCCCCAGGUAGUUGCGACAUCGAUGGACUACUUUCCUGAAGGCAUUCCAGCUCUUCAUAGUGCACACACUCCAAUGCCGACACUACCAACAAGUUUUGGGUCGCUGGAGCAACAGCAACAGCAACAGUUGCUGCUACCACCCGGAUUCGAAGAUCAGCACGGGAAUUUUGACAGCAACAUGACGCACGAUAUGUCGUCGAGUAUGUUUCGCUCGUCAAUGGCUCCUACUGAGCCGUACAACUCGUCACGGACAAUGCGAACACUUUCGAUCGACAGUUAUGCAACUCAAUCUAGUGUCGGCAGCACCCCUCCCGAUUAUUCACCCGUGGUUGCCCCGCUUGGAAGACCUAAGCGAGAAGGUGGGCUAAGAGAACCUUUUACGGAAAUGGCUACCACUCACGAGCCCAAGUUUUCACCAGACAAACGCAAGUUGUGCUGUGUAGAAGGCUGCACGAGUCAAGCUCGAGCCUUUAAUCGGUGUAAACGGCACGGCGGAUCGAAGCGCUGUUCAAGUCCAGGAUGCACGAAGAGCGUUCAGAGUCGCGGGCUGUGUAUCCGUCACGGCGGUGGAUCACGAUGCCAGGAGAGUGGCUGUACUCGUGCAUCACAGAGUCAUGGUCGAUGCAAAUUGCACGGUGGUGGGCGUCCAUGCAUCGUAGAAGGAUGCGAGAAGAAGGCUCACUUGAAGCGUUUGUGCCGCAAACAUGGUGGUGGCACGAAAUGCUGUGUGGCUGGCUGCAAAAAGUGGUCGCAGCGUCAAGGUAUGUGCAUGACGCACUCGAAGGUGGCUGGAUCGUACUGA